AUGCAAAGAAAGGAAAACUUAACUCCGAUUGGAGAAAAUAAAGGAAUUGAGAUUGCCAAUUCCCAACUUAAACAGCAAUCACUAGUAAAAAUAAAAGGAACUUUAACUUCUCAAAUUAGAAAACGCGAAGAGGAUAGUCCUUAUUAUUACGCUUUUGUUAAACUAAAAGGGCAUGGAGCCGAUUUACCGGUCAUAUUUAAGAUUAAGCAAAAAAAAUGUAAAGUUGAACCUUGUUUAGAAU